CGAGCAUUUCCAACCCAAACCUCUCUCUCUCUCUCUCUCUCUCUCUCUCUCUCUCAUGUCCGAUCUCGCCUAACAACACCACCACCAUUAUUCCUAUAUCCCUAAACCCUAAAUCUCUUCUCACCCAAAAGAACCCUAAGACGCAAUCACAAAUGUGCUCCGCGUCUUCUUCUUCAUCAUCUCUCUUCUUCCCCACUCACAAUCCCUCUCCCCUACUACGGCGUCGUACUGCCCCAUCGUUUCUCCGCAAUCCCAGACCCACAAUCACAAGCCCUAGGCCGCCCCUCUAUGCCUCAGUCGCCGAGAGCAACCUUGAGCUCUCGUGGUCCUCUCCGGACCAGAAUGCGAACCACGAGUACGGCGGUUGGGCCAUCGUUGACUCACCGGUACAUAAGAAGAAGACAGGCUUGCCUACAUUUGUGAUUGGUGGAAUUGGGGCCUCCCUGGCUAUUCUACUCGCUGCCAUUUCUCACUUCUCACUAUCAAGAAGAGGUUUUAGGUUUCAGUUGGGAAGUCCAUUACAUACUUUGCAUGGGAUAUUAAGUCCAGGUGGAAACAAAGGUGAUCGAGGCGAAACUACGGGCAUUGCUGCAACUGAUGGGAGCACUUUGGUGUCUGAUUCAAGCCCAGAAAAUAUGCCGCAUGCUACUGUAUCUAUGGACAAGCUUGAACGUAUUAUAAUCCCAGCUGCUGUGGAUUCUACUCAACAGGAAGCUUUGUCACUUAUGAAGAAACUGAAGAUCAUUGAAGAAGAUGUCAAGGCGGAUGAAUUGUGUACUAGAAGGGAAUAUGCAAGAUGGCUAGUUCGAAUAAAUUCGUCAUUGGAAAGGAAUUCAAAGUACAGGAUCAUUCCAGCAAUUUCACUUUCAGGGUCCACUGUUGCUGCAUUUGAUGAUAUAGGCGUUGAAGAUCCAGAUUUUGGGUCCAUUCAAGCCCUGGCAGAGGCUGGUGUCACUCCCAGCAAGCUAUCACAGAGGAACUCCACUGAUAAUGGUUCUGAAGGCCAAGGAGAUGUUUAUUUUUCCCCUGAGAGGUUUAUCUCUCGACAGGAUCUCAUUGACUGGAAAGCCCAGUUAGAGUAUGAACUCGUACCAGGCAUCGUGGAACAGAUAUCAAAAACAAAAUUGGGUUUUUUGGAUGCGAGGGAGAUCAGUUCAGACGCAUCAGUGGAACUUUUUACGGACAUGUUAGCUGGGGACAAGAGCAUACUCAGAAAAGUUUUUGGACAGAGCAAGCGGCUUCAACCAAACAAGCCUUCAACAAAAGCACAAGCUGCGGUGGCACUGACAAGUGGAAGGAUGGCAGAAGCAAUUUAUACUGAAUUAGCUAGACUAGAAGCUGAGAGCUCUGCAAGGCAAGCUCAAAUGGAAGAUAUUAGGUCUGAGUUGCUUGACGAAGGAGAAAUACAGAGGUUUUGGGAUCAGAAGCUGAUUGAAGAGAAAACCCAUGGUCUUGAGGUGGAGAAGGUUUAUUUUGCUGCUGUUAGUGAUUUGGAACAAGAGAAGUUUGUCCAGGAGAAAUUUUUUGCUGAGUAUUUGAAGGAGCAGGCAGCUAUGGACUGUCAGAGGCAACUGUUUCUGAGUCUAAAGGAAGAGGUUGCUGAGAUGUCAGAAAAGCUUGCAUCUGAGAGGACUAUGUAUAUUAGUGAGCUGCAUAAUUUACAGGACAUGUUCAGUGAUUUACAGACCAAGCAGGAAGGACUACUUGAUACAAAAUCUAUACUUGAAGCUGAGAAAGAAGCUCUCCGGAUUCUUAGAUCUUGGGUAGAGGAUGAAGCUAGGAAAAGCCAAGCUCGUGCCAAGGUUCUUGAGGAGGUUGGCCGAAGGUGGAAAUGGGACAACCAAGAUUGAUAUUCCUACUCCCUCGAGGGCAGAGAUUUGUGGUUGCUUGUAAAAAUAAUUAGCAGAGGGCUCUUUGCGGAAUCACUGAUUGUUUUAUUUACUGUGAUUUUCUGUAAAUUUUUAAUAAUGUUUGAUGUGAGUGCAGCGAGGGAUUUUUAUUUCCUCCAUUUUUGCAGCAUGACAUCCAUCACUUAUGUUGUUCCUUGUGAAGCCAUAAUAUAUAUCACUGUUUUAAUGAUUCGGGUUAAA